CAGACAGCUCUACUCCCACUUCAGGUGUACAGAACCGUGUGGUGAAGAAUGGGAAGAGGAAAGUAAUGGUGAGUCACACAGACAGCUCUACUCCCACUUCAGGUGUACAGAACCGUGUGGUGAAGAAUGGGAAGAGGAAAGUACUGGUGAGUCACACAGACAGCUCUACUCCCACUUCAGGUGUACAGAACCGUGUGGUGAAGAAUGGGAAGAGGAAAGUACUGGUGAGUCACACAGACAGCUCUACUCCCACUUCAGGUGUACAGAACCGUGUGGUGAAGAAUGGGAAGAGGAAAGUAAUGGUGAGUCACACAGACAGCUCUACUCCCACUUCAGGUGUACAGAACCGUGUGGUGAAGAAUGGGAAGAGGAAAGUACUGGUGAGUCACACAGACAGCUCUACUCCCACUUCAGGUGUACAGAACUGUGUGGUGAAGAAUGGGAAGAGGAAAGUAGUGGUGAGUCACACAGACAGCUCUACUCCCACUUCAGGUGUACAGAACCGUGUGGUGAAGAAUGGGAAGAGGAAAGUACUGGUGAGUCACACAGACAGCUCUACUCCCACUUCAGGUGUACAGAACCGUGUGGUGAAGAAUGGGAAGAGGAAAGUAAUGGUGAGUCACACAGACAGCUCUACUCCCACUUCAGGUGUACAGAACCGUGUGGUGAAGAAUGGGAAGAGGAAAGUACUGGUGAGUCACACAGACAGCUCUACUCCCACUUCAGGUGUACAGAACUGUGUGGUGAAGAAUGGGAAGAGGAAAGUAGUGGUGAGUCACACAGACAGCUCUACUCCCACUUCAGGUGUACAGAACCGUGUGGUGAAGAAUGGGAAGAGGAAAGUACUGGUGAGUCACACAGACAGCUCUACUCCCACUUCAGGUGUACAGAACCGUGUGGUGAAGAAUGGGAAGAGGAAAGUACUGGUGAGUCACACAGACAGCUCUACUCCCACUUCAGGUGUACAGAACCGUGUGGUGAAGAAUGGGAAGAGGAAAGUAAUGGUGAGUCACACAGACAGCUCUACUCCCACUUCAGGUGUACAGAACCGUGUGGUGAAGAAUGGGAAGAGGAAAGUACUGGUGAGUCACACAGACAGCUCUACUCCCACUUCAGGUGUACAGAACCGUGUGGUGAAGAAUGGGAAGAGGAAAGUACUGGUGAGUCACACAGACAGCUCUACUCCCACUUCAGGUGUACAGAACCGUGUGGUGAAGAAUGGGAAGAGGAAAGUACUGGUGAGUCACACAGACAGCUCUACUCCCACUUCAGGUGUACAGAACUGUGUGGUGAAGAAUGGGAAGAGGAAAGUAAUGGUGAGUCACACAGACAGCUCUACUCCCACUUCAGGUGUACAGAACCGUGUGGUGAAGAAUGGGAAGAGGAAAGUACUGGUGAGUCACACAGACAGCUCUACUCCCACUUCAGGUGUACAGAACCGUGUGGUGAAGAAUGGGAAGAGGAAAGUACUGGUGAGUCACACAGACAGCUCUACUCCCACUUCAGGUGUACAGAACCGUAUGGUGAAGAAUGGGAAGAGGAAAGUACUGGUGAGUCACACAGACAGCUCUACUCCCACUUCAGGUGUACAGAACCGUAUGGUGAAGAAUGGGAAGAGGAAAGUACUGGUGAGUCACACAGACAGCUCUACUCCCACUUCAGGUGUACAGAACCGUGUGGUGAAGAAUGGGAAGAGGAAAGUACUGGUGAGUCACACAGACAGCUCUACUCCCACUUCAGGUGUACAGAACCGUGUGGUGAAGAAUGGGAAGAGGAAAGUACUGGCUGCGGAGACAGGGGAUCUGAGGAGGGAGUGGAUUGGUCAGCUGUGGAGGGCCAUGCAUCUCUCAGGCCCAGGGGGUACAGACCCAGGCUGCAUACGACAACAGGAUGUGAGGUCUGAUGACCUGAAGGCCAGAGGUCGCUUCAGCACCUAUAACAGCUCAGAAUGUGACAGCAUGACGGAACCACUGGGGGUUCAUCGACCCCUCUCUGCACCCCUCAACCCUUCCACCCCUGACCAAGACCUAGACCAGGGACACAGGAUUACCAACUGCCUCUCUGGCCCCCUCACACCUGACCAAAAUCUGGGGCACAGGGCUACCCUCUCUCUCCCUCACUGAUGAGCUCAGUAAUGAGGAAGCCAUAUGCCAGAACACCAUCUCACAUUAUGGAGAGGAGGAUGAAGACAGUGUCCAUAGAUUUAGAAGGAGAUGUGAGGAGGAGAGAGAUGAAGAAGAGGAGGAAGACAGUGUCCAUAGAUUUAGAAGGAGAUGUGAGGAGGAGAGAGAUGAAGAAGAGGAGGAAGAGGAUCAGUAUGACAUUCUACCAGCCCCCCGGAACUCUGAGUAUCACAUCAACCAAUCAGAUGAAGACUUGACUGACGGAGAGGACCUCUAUGACUUCCCACUGUCCAAUAGGAGGGCAAGUGACCGCCAAGAUUAUAGCGAGAUGACAGAGAGCAUCUAUGACGUCCCCAGUUCCCUAAUGAGGAAAAUGUCUGAACACACACUUGAGCCUUACCCUGGAGGUGAGAUACUGGUGGAGGACAGGGGCCUCCUGGAUGACAUGAUGGCCAGUCUGGGUGGAGGGACGGUGGGCUGGAUAACAGGUGCUUCUACUGUGGAGCCCUACGGGCUGGCUCAUCAUGGCUCUUAGGACUGGUAUAUAGUAUAGACUCUGGAUAAUAUAGACUGAAUGAGUUUUCCUCAUUAAAAUUGUUCUAUAAAGCUUGACGCAUUCUGUUAGAGAUUUAAAUAUGUUUACAUUUUAUGAAAAAGAAUCUAAUUUGUCAUGAUAUUCUAUUCUAUUGACUUCUCUUUUAAUACAAUCUACUGUCAAGGAAAUACCAUAUUAAAUAACUAACUUUAUAUUGUCAAAGUGUUCCACUUAGUAUAUAAUGUCAGGAGAGAGGUACUAUAGUAUUCAGGCAGACCCUAUCCUUCUUUUUUAGGAGGUAGAUCAGCUUUAAUACUGCAGAUACAUUGUGGCUUCUAUCAAUGUAAUUGUCUGCAUCAUUUCCAAUCACACAUGUAUAUUUUUUGUAAAUAUAUAGAGUAUAUAUUAUUUUAAAUAUGUUUUGCUUCUUUAUUAUUUUCCCCUAACCCUACCACACUUCCCUUAAUUGGAGUAAACAAAUGAAAUAGA